AUGAUGACAAAUGCUACCAAACAUGGUGUUUCAUACCAAGAUGCGUUCAAAAAGUAUAUUGGUAUACAUCAAUUGCCAAUACCAAAAGAACAUGAUCUAAUCGAAGUUGAAUCGUCAUUUGGUGGUAUUGCUAUUUAUCAAACGAAAUAUAUUCGUGACUGCAUGUACUUUGGUUAUGGUGAAAAUGGUCGUGAACUCUGUGAACAUGUACCAUUUAAUUUAUGCAUUCGAGGUAAUGGAGGAAGAAUAUUCAUUAAUCCAAGGUUUCAAAACUCGAAAGGUCAGUUUCAUAAAUGA